GCUGAUCAGAGAGAAAGCAUUCUGCCAGCCCAGCGCCUCCAAAUCGCAAUCACUUCCUAACCUCCCCCUUUUUAUCAUAUUUGAUCACUUUGAUUCUCCGUUCUCUUCACUUAUUAUUUCUGCUACACGCAAAGGAAGCUCAGUAGGUUGCGCUCUCUUUUUUGUUUCCUUAUCGCUGUCGCUCGCCUGGAGAGUUGACUUCAUAUUUGACUCGAGCAAGCAGGCUUGGUGUUGCGCGCGGCGGCUAGCGCUACUCCAUCUGGAAGAAAAAAAGGAAGAAACGGCGAUAUUUGUGUCCAGCUGUUGGUUAUAUUGCAACACUUCAAUACUGGAACUUGAUGUGUCGCUCGCCAGUUUCUGUAAUCUGUACGAGUUAUAUUUUCCGCGAAUCUGAACGUCGCUAAGUUAUAUUGGCCCCGUCUCUUUAGUAGACUCUUGCUCUUGUUUGGUCGUCGUAUAUAUUUUUUGCAGUUUCUUUUUUUUCUUCUACGGCUUUCCUGAAUGGAUGACUGCAGGCGCCCCUGGACGUGGCCUCUAAGAGCAGGACUGCGGUUCGGCUCGUCUUCGUGUCAGUUCUAACCACAGCCAAGUCCAAAACGGGCUACAAUUCGUCGUCGGCGCGCGAGUUUCAGUGGGAUAAAAGCACAGGGUGCAUUAUUUCUUCACCGAUCAACACACCUCUACGUGCUGCUUUGCUUAAGAACCCAGGGCACCACGACACGCCAAAAGCAAAAAAAGAAGAAACAAAACAACAACAAUAAAACAAAAACAAACAAACAAAAAAAAAACGGACAACACAAAGUUGCUGACUGAUUAGAUAUGGCAAUGGUAGUGUGGAGAGGUUCCCAGGACGAUGUGGCCGAGACGCAGGGCGCCCUCUCAUCGCAAGCCCAAGGCGGACUAACCCUUGCGACCCCUCAGCCGGGCCAACUGAACCUCACGGCCUCGCAGGUUGCGCCUCCGACCCCUCAAACUCCUGUUCAAGGAGCGCCUAACAGCAACGCUCAGUCUACGCCAACGAACCAGACGUCGCAGAGCCAGUCAGACAAGCAGCAGCAACAACACAUCGAGUGCGUGGUAUGCGGCGACAAGUCGAGCGGCAAACACUACGGCCAGUUCACAUGCGAGGGCUGCAAAAGCUUCUUCAAGCGCAGCGUGCGGCGCAACCUCACAUACACGUGUCGCGCCAACCGGAAUUGUCCUAUCGACCAGCACCACCGUAAUCAGUGUCAGUACUGCCGCCUCAAAAAAUGCCUCAAAGUUGGCAUGAGACGGGAAGUUUCUCUUUUUGCAGCGGUCCAGAGGGGCAGGAUGCCACCCACGCAGCCGCACCACGGCCAGUUCGCCUUGACAAACGGGGACCCGCUGCACUGCCAUUCCUACCUUUCGGGAUAUAUCUCUCUGCUGCUGCGAGCAGAGCCCUACCCCACGUCGCGCUAUGGCAGUCAGUGUAUGCAGCCCAACAACAUCAUGGGCAUCGAGAACAUUUGCGAACUGGCGGCCCGCAUGCUGUUCAGUGCUGUGGAAUGGGCCAGGAAUAUUCCCUUCUUCCCCGACCUUCAGAUCACAGACCAGGUGGCUCUGCUCAGGCUCACCUGGAGCGAGUUGUUCGUCCUAAACGCAGCACAGUGCUCCAUGCCACUGCAUGUAGCCCCUCUGCUAGCCGCCGCAGGCCUCCACGCCUCCCCCAUGUCCGCGGACAGAGUGGUCGCCUUUAUGGACCACAUUAGGAUCUUCCAGGAGCAAGUUGAAAAGCUUAAAGCGUUACAUGUCGACUCGGCCGAAUACAGCUGCUUAAAAGCCAUCGUGUUAUUCACCACUGAUGCUUGCGGUCUAUCAGACGUGGCCCACAUCGAAAGCUUGCAGGAGAAGUCGCAAUGUGCACUGGAGGAGUACGUGCGGAGCCAGUACCCUAACCAGCCUACGCGAUUUGGGAAGUUAUUACUACGCCUGCCUUCUCUACGCACAGUGUCCUCUUCGGUCAUAGAGCAAUUGUUUUUCGUCCGAUUGGUAGGUAAAACCCCAAUUGAAACCCUCAUCCGGGAUAUGUUGCUGUCAGGGAGCAGUUUUAACUGGCCGUAUAUGUCCAUUCAGUAAGCAAAAGGAAGGAUCGGAAAUGGGGGUCCUCUAGUUAGCGCUUCUUUUGUAGAAGAAACCGGCUGUUACACGAUUUACUUUCACGGAAAAGAGACGUUUUUCAUAAGUGACUGUGAAUUCUCAAACCUGAGACAUUUAAUGAAAACUACCUGGGGCAGCGCGGUGUGUGAGUGGGGGGGGGGUGCAUUUUUACUUUUUUCUUUUUUAAAACAAAAGAAAGCAAAAAGCACGGGGCAAAACACAGAAAUGGAGAAAACUCAAACUCAAAGUGCAUUUAAAUUGGAAAAAAAUUAGAAGAAAUCCGUCCAUUUUCUUUUUACCAAAUGGCUCUUAUGUCCUGUGUCCAUGUAUCUAUUGCUAUUUUGUAUAUUUUAAACCUCUUUUCUGGUUCCAAACCAGCCUAUGUGAUUCUAUAGUAUGAAACUGUUUUUUGUUGUUUUUUUGUUUGUUUUGUUUUUAAUAAUUUUCUGAUAAUCACUACUUAAAGCUGUAAAGAGGUUCUUUAAGAAUUGAAAGUAAAUCAGCAAUAUAGGACUACUUUACGCUAAACGCUAAAACGCACUUAAUUUUUGCUGUCCCUGUUAUGAACUUCACUCCCCCCCACACACACACCACCACCAAAAAAAAAAAAAAAAAGAACAGUUCUUUAAUGCCCAUUUUAGACUUAAUGCACCAGGGUGCCACUAUUCUCAGACACCCGAAAACUAUUAAACUGUUAGCAAAUUACACUACUAGAGCUGCGGACGCUGUGUGUAUGUGUAUGUGCGUGCGUGUGUGGUUGGGAGAAA